GUGGGGGCGGCUCGCGCAAGAUGGCGAGCGCGGAGGAGGAGCGGAGCGAGCGGCCGGGCCCCGAGCAGCCGGGGGACGGCGCCGAGUACAGCCUGGAGCUGCAGCGGGCCGAGGAGAGGCUCAGGCGGCUGCUGGGCGCCUCGGAGCCGGCGCUGAUGUACCUGCAGCGGCUGCUGGUGUGGGAGAGGCCGGCGCACAGCGGCCUGAUGCUCGCCUCCCUCAGCGGCCUCUUCUGGUUAUUUUCGUCCACCUCACUGCGCCCUAUCUUUCUGAUCAGCAGUUCUCUGCUGGGGAUAUUGCUUCUGGAGCGAUGGAAGAAUCAGUUACUUCCUGAGGUUACAGUCCAGCAUUCUGAGGAUCCUGAGAGUGACAGCGAUGGCAGCUCGGUGCACCCACGCCUGCUCAGGCUGCCCGAGCUUUGCCACUGUCUGGCUGAGAGCUGGGUAGCCUUCAAACUUUACCUGCAGGAAGUGGCAGAGUACAAGCGACAGAACCCUGGCCAGUUCUGCCUGAAGAUGUGUGUUGGAAGCGCAGCGAUGGCCGGGAUUGGCCACUACAUCCCGGGAAUCAUGAUUUCCUACAUCUUCAUCCUGAGCGUGCUGCUGUGGCCACUGGUGGUGUACCAUGAGCUGAUACAGAAGAUGUAUACGGGCAUCGAGCCCGUCCUGAUGAAGCUGGACUACAGCAUGAAAGGAGGAACCCAACAUCCCCAGCGGGAGAGAAAGAAGAAACGAGACCGUAAGUCUGAGAGCAGCGAUGAACCCACAGCGGAGACCGAGAGUGAGAGCGAGGCCGAGCUGUCCUGCUUCAACUCCAAGGCGGAUCCAAAGACCACAGCCUUAGCGUUGGCGAUCACUGACUCCGAACUGUCUGACGAGGAGGCCUCCAUCCUGGAGAGCGGAGGCUUCACCGUCUCCCGAGGAACGACCCCACAGUUAACUGACGUGUCAGAAGACCUGGACCAGCAGAGCGUGCACAGUGAGCCUGAGGAGGCCUUCGCCAAAGACCUGCCCGAGUUUCCCUCAGUCGAGGAUUUUGCCGUCAAAGAGUCAGAGGUGGCCGGCGAGGAGGAAACCCCAGACCGGAGCGCAGCAACUGCGGCACGGGAACCUUUAUCGUUCAUUCAGACACUCACCUCUCCACUGCACUUUGUGAACACGCACUUCAACGGGAGUGUCGAGGCAGCUAGUGGUGCGCCAAAGAGCCCCGGGCAAGCGGGCAUGACUCUAGAGGCCUUCAGUGAGGAGAUCGUCAGCUCGGCCAUUUCCUCGGUGGUGCAGAACGCCCUGUCUGCCCUGCUGUCCACUCCGGGCGAUGGCGAGGGAGGUGUGGAGGAGAGCGAGUUCCUGCCCACCGAGCAGAGUCCGCUGCUGGAGACAGAACUGCGGGAGACCGAGGAGGAGGUGGAUGAUUUUGAGUUGCUGGACCAGGGGGAGCUGGACCAGAUGGACACGGAGCUGGGCUUAACCGAGCAGCAGGAGAGGCAGGUGGGCGACGGACUGGAAUCCCCGCAGGUGCCAGCAACGCCACCCAGAGAGAGCCAGUGCUAGCCCACACCCCGCCCUGCAUUUGUUCCACUCGCUCAGUCGGCGGCGAUUGUGUGUGCGCGUGUGUGUGUGUGGGCGGGGGGGUGGUGCAGAGAUACAGCGUUUCAUCUCUCGGCUUGUGUUCUGACCAGACCCUCUGUCACUGACUCUCGACGUUUCCACAGAGACCUGAUACCUUUGUCUCAUGCACUGAAUGGCUUCCCAUUCAGAGGCUGGAAGG